GAGCAAGGGUCAGUGGCGGCCGUUGGUGCUGCGGAUAUGUGAUAGCGCACGGAGGGAUUACGCACUGGCAAGCAAAGGAAUAUUAAAUUGCCCCCUAUCGGUUGCUGUCACAGAACAAGAAUGGCAAUGGCAAGAAGGUUCACAUCAAGUCUAUUAAGUCAGCUAUGUUCUACUUCAUGUGCAAACAGGGUGAUGCACAGUGAUGCAGCAUCAGGGAUGCGGCUGCCAUCAUCAAACGUGUGGAUGAGAAGAUCUGGAUCGGAUCUUCGCUCAUGUGUUGCCUCACUGAAGACAAGUGCAUCAUAUUCAGGCAUCAUAAUAGACCAGGAAGUCCAACCAGAUGACAACUCAAAAUUAGCAGCAGAAAAUGAAAUUGUUUCAGGUGUUGUGUCGCGUGUGAACGAGAGCAUCAGCGAGGGAACGGCCGGUCGCCUGUUCGCCGUGGUGCACGUUGCCGGGAAGCAGUUCAAGGUGACGGACGGUGACCUGGUGGUGGUGCAGGGUCACUGGCCGCCCGUCACCGGCCAGCAGCUGCGGCUGCAGAAGGUGCUGAUGGUGGGCAGUGCCGACUUCACUCUGCUGGGCCGCCCUGUCCUCGAGCCGGGCAUGGCCAGCGUGGAGGCCACCGUCGUCGAAAAGUCGCUCUCCCACACCAAGACCAUAUUCCGCAAGGAGAAGCGACAAAACUACAAACGCAUCAAUUUCUGCCGCGUGCCGCUGACGACGCUCCGGAUCAACAGUGUCCGGCUGGAGAAGCCGAUAGACUGCCAGACGUAGCUUCACCGGGUCGCGGAGUGGUGUAUGGAAUGUGGUGUAAUUCAAUAGACUGGCGUUGUAAGGGUGUGCCA